GAGGAAAGCGCCCGGCCCCGUAUGGGAUGGGCCGGGUCAAGCCGGGCCCCGCCGCUCCGACGGUCAUGGCGGCCCGUGGGUUGCGACCGCCCCGCCGCGCCCGAGCCGGAGCCGCCGUGCUGCUGCUACCGGUGCUGGUGCUGGUGCUGAGCCGCGGAGCCGCCCAGGAGCUGAGCCCCCGCGGCAGGAACGUCUGCAGGGCCGGCGGCUCCUCGGUGCUCGUGUGCUGCCCGGGAUGGAGGCAACAAGGAAGCGAGUGUUUAAUAGCCGUGUGCGAGGGGAACUUCACCUGCAAGGAGAACGAGGUGUGCGUCAGGCCCGGCGAGUGCCGCUGCCGCCACGGCUACUUCGGUGCCAACUGCGACACCAAAUGUCCCCGGCAGUUCUGGGGUCCCGACUGCAAGGAGAUGUGCAGCUGCCACCCCAACGGGCAAUGCGAGGACGUGACAGGCCAGUGCACCUGCAACCCCAACCGCUGGGGUCCCAAAUGCGAGAACGUCUGCCUCUGCAAGCACGGCAAGUGUGACCAGAAGACGGGCAAAUGCACCUGCGAGCCCAACUGGUGGGGACCCCAAUGCUCCAGCUCCUGCUAUUGCAGCCACAACUCCCAGUGUGACCAGCAGACUGGCAACUGCCUGUGCCAGCCCGGCUGGUGGGGCCGCGGUUGCAACAACCAGUGCUCCUGCAACAACUCACCCUGCGAGCAAUUCACGGGCCGCUGCCAGUGCCGGGAGCGGACGUUCGGGCCCCGCUGUGACCGUUACUGCCAGUGCUACAAGGGCAAGUGCAACCAGGUGGACGGGACCUGCACGUGCGAGCCGGGCUACCGGGGAAAAUAUUGCCGCGAGCCGUGCCCGGCUGGCUUCUACGGCCAAGGCUGCAGGAGGCGGUGCGGGCAGUGCAAGAGCCUGCAGCCGUGCACCGUGGCGGACGGGCGCUGCCUGACCUGCGAGGCGGGCUGGAACGGCACCAAAUGCGACCAGCCCUGCUCGCCUGGCUUCUAUGGAGAGGGCUGCGAGAAGCUCUGUCCCCCCUGCAAGGACGGCCACACCUGCAACCACAUCAACGGCAAGUGCUCCCAUUGCAACCCGGGCUGGAUCGGAGACCGGUGUGAAACCAAGUGUCGGAAUGGGACAUAUGGGGAGAACUGCGCCUUCGUCUGCAGCGACUGCGUCAACGGCCAGUGCCACUUCGAGACCGGCCGGUGCCUCUGCCACCCCGGCUCCCACGGCACCUACUGUAACCUGACUUGCCCGCCCGGCCGCUACGGAGCCAACUGCGCCGAAGCCUGCAGCUGCCACGACGGCGCCUGCGACCCGCUGACGGGCGCCUGCCACAUGGAGGCCAACCAGCGGAUGGGGGUGAUCGGGGCAGGAGCCCUCCUGGCGCUGCUGCUCAUCCUCCUGCUCUCCCUGCUCUGCUGCUGCUGUGUCUGCCGCAAGAAGGACGAAGCCCGUGGCUCCAGCCAGGACCCGGCAGCAGCCAAGAAGCCCCCGAGACGCUUGUGCGGGCGUUUCAGUCGGAUCGGCAUGAAGCUCCCGCGCAUCCCCCUGCGCCGCCAGAAGUUACCCAAGGUCGUGGUGGCCCACCAUGACCUGGAGAACACCCUGAACUGCAGCUUCAUCGAGCCACCCUCUGUGGUGGAGCAGCCUUCCCCAUCCUGGUCCUCCCGCGGCUCCUUCUCCUCCUUUGACACCACGGACGAGGGGCCGGUGUACUGCGUCCCCCACGAAGAGAGCGUGGGCGACAGCAGGGACAGGGGGACACCCGCCAGCCCUGGGGACAAGCUGGUGGCCCCGGCAGGCGGGGAAGAAGCGGGCGAAUACACCUUCCUGAAGGAAACGGGCUCUGUCAGAGCUUUCCCAGCCGACAGCAGCGAAACGCCCCUGCUCAAGUCGUCGGACAGCGAGCGCUCCUCCUGCGGCUCGGGCUCGGCCGGCGCCGCGCUCUACGCCCGGGUCGCUCGUCUCUCCAAGCAGUCCAAGGAGGAGGAGGAUGCUACCACGGAGCCCCGCAGCUCCGGGAAGCCGCCAUCCCCGGAAAGGACCAAGCCCCGUCCCCCAGACCCAGCCACAAAGCCCAAAGUCUCCUGGAUCCACAGCAGGUACAACUCCAGCCAGUCCAACUCGCUGCCGGCACCCAGCCGGUCCCCGGAGCGAGCGGCUGCCCGGUCCGGCAGCCCGGAGCAAGGCCAGGGCUUGGCCAAGAGGAAGAGGAGCCCGAGCGAGACGUCAGCCGGUGUGCAGGGCAGAGCGGAGGAGAAGGGCGGCAUGCGGGGCAAGGAGAAAGCGCAGAAGCAACCGAAGGAGCCCGGCGUCCCUGAGGGCAAAGCCAGCCUCGCCGGGGAGCCCCAGUCGCCCUCCAAGCCCAAGCAGAGGAGCAAAGCCGGCUCGGAGCCGACGGAGAGCAUCAACGGGGCGGUGCAGAACGCCUUCCGAAAGAUGGGCGCCUUCCAGCCAGAGCGGCGGGUCGGGGACAACAGGGAUGCUCCUCGCAGCCCCGGAGCCGGCAAACCCCGCUCCGAGCCCCUCCAUCCCCACCUGGCCUCCGAGCUGGCCGCCCAGCUGAAGGAAAAGACUCAGAGCCUCAACAAGGGGGACGGAGGCACCCGGGCGAACGGGGUGGGCGCCCAGCGGGAGAAGCCCACCCCUCCGCAGAAAGCCAAGCGCUCGGUGGCCGCCGGCGGCCAGAAGACCAGCAAGCCCUUGCUGCCCACCUCUCCCCACCUGCAAAAACUGAUCCCUGGGGCGGCCGAGCCGGCAGCCGGGGAGCCCAAGCGGGUGGAGAAGCCAAGCACCGGCAGCGGCCAGGACCAGGCUCUCCCCAACGAGCAAGCGGCCAAGAAAACCCCCAUUAAAAAGCCUCCCAGGAAGAAGAGCCGAGAAGCCAGCCUGGAGCCGCCCCGAGCAGCCGCUGUGCCUGCUCAGGCGGUGCAGUGACCGGGAGCCGGGCACCGGCCCCGCACCGGCCGGCCGUGCGCCGGGAAGAAGGACAUUUGCCGGCACGGCCAGCGGACACGGAAGCCUGGACUGGGCAGGGGGCACUGGAAGAGCCUCGAGCCUCCAUUUCCCCCCUCCUCCAUCUCUCUCAUCCCCCUUUUUCCUUUAGUCUCCCCUGCCCCAGGACCUGGUCCUCCCCAUCCGUGCCCUGCUGCCUGCUCCCUGCCCGGGUCUGGCAGCUCGCCCUCCCCGCGCAGGGCAGGACCGCAGGGAGCUGGCCCAGCCACCAACCCGAGGCGGGGGGGUCCGUGCGUGGCAUAUCCCCCCCACACUUUUUUGUAGCAGUAUUAUCGAUCGCAUAAGCAGUGCUUGUUGUACUAGACGUACCCACGGUAUAUUCUGCAGUAACGGAGCCGCUCGCUUCCCGCACCCCACUCCGGUCUGUCGGGCUCGUGGUGCACGGGAGAGGGAGGGUGCUGCUGCUCGGCGCCCAGGGCAUCACCAGGGACGUGCCCCGAGUCCGUCGCCGGCAGCGAACCCCAUGCCCCGGCGCCCUGGGCUCCAGGCACGGCUCUCCAUUGCCGGUCCCGCCACAGCCGCGCCAUGCCCGGCGUGGGGUCGAGCUGGUUUCGACCGAUGCCACCCUCCCCUCUGCCCCUGGGGUUGCUUCUGGCCAGGAGGAAAGCACUAUUUAUGGCCGGAGCUGGAUGCCCUUCAGGCUCCCGCGUCCCAUCCAGCGGAGUGGGAGGGAUUAGUUCGGUACGACAGAGCCUGGCACCUCUGCAGAGCGCUUUCCUAAUAAAAAUGUAUUUCUUCUGUA